CCGAGAAAAAAACGGACGCACAGUUGUGUCAAAUCGCUGCAGAGCAAAAAUCUAGCCAACAGUUAUGGAAUUCUUGGGUCACGACUCAGAUUCCGAGUACGCUUUCCGAUUGCAGAUGCAGGAGGCGCUUGCGGCUUCACUCUCUUCCCGAUCUCCUACUCCUCAGCGCCCACCGUCGCCUCCGGUCGUCGCUAGGUGUGGUUUCGCUGUCAUCGAGGAAGAUGGUCAGGAUGGUUUGACGCCUCCAGUUGAUUCGGAGGAUGAGCGUAUCAGAAACAGGGGUCACGUUUUCGGCGAAGGAAACUCCAAUGGUAAAGGGAAAACCCACGAGACAGUCACUGGUGUACGUACAAAUGACCGAAACCCUAACAUUAGAUUCGGAUUCCUCCCAAAUGAUUACGCGUAUCCCUUUCUUUCGCCGCAAUCAGUCGGUGAGGGUAGUUCGAAGGUUAAUGCCUUCGCCGGAAGUUUCAGUGGAAACGUGAUGUAUAGACUUUACUUUAAGGGUUUGCUUGGGGAAGAGACUGGGAAGGGGAAGAUGACUGACGUCGUGGCUGGCUUUGGGUUUGCUAUUUGUGACCAGUGGGAUAAUCUCUUGUUUGAUUUAAAGGGACCUCUGAUUGGCCGUGGCACGAAUCGUCAGGGAGCGGAGAUUAAGGCUUUGACACGAGGGCUAAUCGAAGCCUCCAAGUUGGGGAUCAAACAUGUCGCUGUUUUCUGCGAUUCUUUUCCGAUUUUCCAAUUCGUCAGGAGAAACUGGGUGCCUAAGCAAAAGAAGAUUUUCAUGCUAAUGAAUGAUUUGCAACGGAUCAGGCAACAAUUUUCAUCGUUUCAGCCUGUUCUGGUGGCUGGAAACGAGGUAAAAUUCGCUUAUAAGCUUGCUAGGGAAUCAAUAGUUUCUCAAGUCACCUCUUUUCAAGAUCCUCGCCAAGCAAACCUUACUCGGAAAGAGGAGUGUCUUAUCUGUUUCAACGAUAUCGAUGCUGAGCGCAUGCUUUCUGCUGGUAAAUGUCGUCAUCGCUUUUGCUUUCAAUGUGUGAAGCAACAUGUAGAGGUGAAGCUGCUUCACGGAAUGGUUCCAAAAUGUCCUCACGAUGGCUGCAAGUCUGACCUGGUUAUCGAUGCAUGUGGCAAGGUUUUGACUCCGAAGCUGAGUGAAAUGUGGAAGCAAAGGAUUAAGGAGAAUGCUAUACCUGUCACUGAGAGAGUUUACUGCCCUUAUCCGAGGUGUUCGGCUUUGAUGUCCAGAACCAAGAUCUCUGAAUCUGCCAAGAGUUUGCUGUCUGUGUACCCUACAUCUGGAGUUAGGAGAUGUGUUGAAUGUCGUGGCCUCUUUUGUGUAGACUGUAAAGUCCCGUGGCAUGGAAAGCUGUCAUGCACCGAGUACAAGAAAUUGCAUCCUCAUCCUCCAGCAGAUGAUGUGAAGCUAAAAUCUCUUGCAAAUAAUAAAAUGUGGCGCCAAUGUGGCAAGUGCCAACAGAUGAUUGAACUUACACAAGGAUGCAAUCACAUAACUUGCAGAUGUGGGCAUGAGUUUUGCUACAACUGUGGAGAAGGAUGGAACAAGAAAACGGGGACUUGUGCUAAAAGCUGCCCGAACUGGGACGAAGCAUACAUCAUGCGUCAAGGUAACGAAGACUUUGAUGAUGAUGAUGAUGAAGAAGAAGAUUAUGAAUCUGAUGAAGAAUUUGAUUUUGGCUAUGGUGAAUACCUCCGUCAUUUUGGGAAUCAAAUGAAUAAUGGUGGUGGUAAUCCUGAAGAGCCAUUCGAUCCCUUCUUCGACCUGCCAGAUGGUGUGCUCUUUACCCCAGAUAUGUUGUCUCCUAGGAGUCGUCAACGAUUUUACGAUGAUGAUUCUGAUGAUAUGGAAGGUCAAGCUGGGGAAACGGGUCGAUCUCAUUUGCCACACAAUAAUGCACCGUCUGGUAGUGCUGCGACAACGGUUAAUGAUGCAGAUGAUGAUUGCCCUUACUUUGGAAAGUAUGGAAAGUACGCCACAGUUUAUGACUCUGACGGCUACGAAAUCGAGGAUUUCACCAACCCUUUCCAUCCUGACUAUCCUCACUUUUGAGUUGUGUUUUUUGGAACUAAACAUUUAUGUCUUCUCGCAUUUUUUUUCUCUUUCCCAGGCCAAAACUCUUUGCUAUUAUGCUUUCCUGGCUAAUCUAUUUUGAGGAUCAUGUUCCUAUGACUUUGAGUUUGAAUGAUUCGGAAAAAUGGUAAUCUUGGUAUUUGUAGAAUAUUUGGUAUUAAAGUAAGGUCCUUG